AUGUUUCAGGUGGAUGAGAACUACACACGUGUGUCAGAGUUUGUUAUUGUGGGCUUCCCGAGUCUGCAGCCAGAGUUUUUUGACCUCGUGGCGUGGUUCUUCUUCUUCCUUUAUGUGACCACAGUGGUGGGCAACCUUCUGCUAGUGGUGGUGUUUGCUUUGGAGCACAGUCUCCAGAAGCCCAUGUACAUCAUCAUGGUCAGCCUGGCUCUCUCAGACAUUGGUUUCACCACUGUCGCCUUACCCAAAAUAAUGGCUCGCUACUGGUGGAAUGACGGGAGUCUUGGCUUUCACACUUGCCAGUUUCAAGAGCACAUGAUCCACUAUUUUGGUUCCUUGAACUCCCUUAUUUUAUUAACCAUGCUUCUUUCUUCCUUUCCCCUCAGAUACCCGACAGUGAUGACAAACCAAACCAUGACAGGCCUGACACUCUUCUGCUGGGUGGUAGCACACAUCUUCCCUGGCAUCAGCACAGUCAACUUUACCAUGAUGCCGUUUUGUGGGCCCAACCGAAUCAUUCAUGCCUUCUAUGACACCAUGUCUCUGACACCUCUAGUGUGUGGGGACCCCAGCCGGCAAUUCAGCGCCGCCUUUGCAGGAGCAAUGUUUAUCCUUUAUGUUCCUUUAGCCUUCAUCAUCCUCUCUUACAUUUGCAUCAUCGUCUCAGUAUUGAGCAUGGCUGGUGGACAGGGCAGAAAGAAGACCUUCUCCACUUGCGCCACCCAGGGAUGUAUCAUUUCUAUCUACUACAUUCCACGUUUCUUUGUUUAUUCGACUCCUUUCUUUCCUAACCUGACCAUGACAGCUGACAAGUGUAUAGCCACCACCCUCUUCUACAGUCUUUUUCCUCCGCUGAUCAACCCUUUCAUCUACUGUCUGAGAACCAAGGAAAUCAAGCAGAUACUUAAGUGCUGGGUCAAGGGACGGCGAGACAUUACGCCUACCAAACAUGACCAAAUUCUCACCAUCACCAAGUCACAGGGAUAA